CAAAAGCUGGUCACAUGAUCAACAAUGCUUCAUGUAUCAUCAGAAUGAACCACGCCCCCACAGAACAUUACAAAGAGGAUGUUGGCUCUAGGACUACCAUUCGGGUAAUAUGUCACAUGUCAACAGAGAAUGUAAUGGUGAAUGCUGAAGGUAUUUUAAGUGGAGAUGGUGCUCCAGAGAAAGUGCUGUUUUUUGGCUUAAACGACAACAAUCAUAGGUGGGCUAAGAUGAAUGCCCAUAAACUUAUGAAACAAUUUCCAGAUGUUGAUUACUAUAGUCUGGACAAGUUUGGUGAACGCAAUGCAGAUAUUAUAUUUGAAUUGGAAACUGGCAAAAGCAAAAAGAAUACAAAUACGUGGUUGUCGACUGGUUGGUACACCUUUCUUGUUGCCAUAGAUAUGUGUGAGGAAAUUGAUGUCUAUGGUUUUGUCGAUGAAAACUAUUGCAGAAGUACUGGAAACUUAUCGAUAGAUGAUGAAACAAUGCGAACACCUACUGCAUAACAUUGAAGUCGUAGUAGUUGCUGAAAAAGUAGAGGGAACCCCACAAAAGACAAAAAAUUCCCCCAAGUUUACCACUAAAAAGGAAAAUGGUGAAAACCAAAUAUGUGAAUUCUAAAAUAGUGAAAUAUUUGACAGCAAAGAAGGAAAAGGAUCCAUUGGCCAGCUUUUUGAGUCUAGAAAACAAACUGUGCACAGACUUCCCAAGGCCAAACAAGUCCAAGUCAAAAAUUAGUAAUAUUUCAUUUCUUAGGUACGAGCGCCAAGGAUAUGCCAAUAAGCGAACUUAAUUGCUAUCCUACAUGGCAUAACCAUUAAACGACCGGACUGAACGAAGCAGUACACCGGGGUAACUCCUACUCUUCUCUGACGAUGUACUGAGUUCUUUAAAGUGCACACGAGCCAAAUGUGUAUGUCGGGCCUACGUUUUAAAGUCCUCAACCGAGAAGACUUGUUCCACCACCGGAACCAUUGACUUGAAUAAUAAUAUAUGGAUUAUAAUAUUUUAAUUACAUUAUUUAUAUAUGGUUAGUUAAACCUUGUGAACAUUAUUAAUUAGUGGUCAAUAUUAAUAUUAAAAUAAAAUUUCCAAAUUUAAAUUCCACAUAGUUUGCUAACGUCGGUAAGUUUCAAAUAAUAUCUGGUUUAACCACAAGAACAAUUUGUAUAUAAAUGUGAAAUUGUUAAUAAAUACAAGAAUCUGUUGUACAAUGUCAAAAUUGUUGUUUGUAUGCUUACUCUGAUUUGAUUUAGUUAUUUUAAUUAAAAAUGUACUGUUCCUCACAAAUAGUUGCAUUUUUAUUUUGAAUUGCUUAUUUAUAAUGAUCACAAAAGUUAAGAACUGUCAAUAAGAAAGGUUGCAAAAAUAAAUUAGUGGUAUGCUAUAAAUACUGUUAUAACAAAUUUUCUGGUAAGCUUAUAGUUCAUGAUAGAGUCAACAUAAAGUAGUUUAGAUGGGACUAAAGUGCAAGUGCUGCUGUAGGAUGUAUUUUUGGGGAGGGGCUGAGUGAGAUAAGGAUAACUGUGGCACGCAUUGCCAUCUGAGGGCCUUCCGACCAAGCCGGGUGGAUGGUUUGGGAGGGGGUAUCCUAAUGAGAUUUUUUUUUUUCAAAUAGAACCUCUGGAUAUCCAGAAAUGGCGCUCUCUCAGACUGGAAAAAUACUUUUCAGUAUUUGAUAAAGUACAAUUAAGAUCUAUCAACUCAGCUCAA